AAGAUUGUUGUGAGGAGUCUAGCCAGUUGGUGAGCUCUCUAAUCUGAACCAGCUGUGUCCAGACUGAGGCUCCAUUUGCAUUGUUUAACAUACUUAGAAAAUGAAGUGUUCAUUUUUAACAUUCCUCCUCCAAUUGGUUUAAUGCUGAAUUACUGAAGAGGACUAAGCAAAACCAGGUGCUUUCUCUGUACUCACUCCAGUGCCUCAGGAGGCUCAGACCCUUACCCUGCCCGCUUCCCUACUUGCUGUAUUGGAAUAUCAUUAAAGCAAGAAUCGAAGGGCAGAGAGGAGGUUGAAGUUCAGAAACUCCUUUGAUUAUAGGCACUGUGAUUUUUUUUUCCUUUUUUUUUUCCACCCACCCACCUCCUUCUUUUUUUCCUCUCUACACAUCUGGGACAUGCCAGGAUUAAAGAGGAUACUGACUGUUUCCAUUCUGACUCUUUGUCUUACAAGUCCUGGAUAUGCACAGCAGCAAUGCACGAAUGGUUUUGACUUGGACCGUGCGUCUGGACAAUGUUUAGAUGUUGAUGAAUGCAGGACUAUCCCUGACGCCUGCCGAGGAGACAUGAUGUGUGUGAACCAAAAUGGUGGAUAUUUAUGCAUUCCCCGAACCAACCCCGUAUAUCGAGGGCCCUAUUCAAAUCCUUACUCAGGCGCAUACCCACCACCCCCAGCACCGGUUCCUGCUCCAAACUACCCCACUAUUGCGAGACCUGUUAUUUGCCGUUUUGGAUACCAAAUGGAUGAAGGCAAUCAGUGUGUUGAUGUUGAUGAAUGUGCAACAGAUUCACAUCAGUGCAACCCUACCCAGAUCUGCAUCAACACUGAAGGAGGAUACACCUGUUCUUGUACAGAUGGAUACUGGCUCCUGGAGGGCCAGUGCUUAGAUAUAGAUGAGUGUCGUUAUGGCUACUGUCAGCAGCUAUGUGCUAAUGUCCCUGGCUCUUAUUCUUGUACAUGCAACCCAGGUUUUACCCUCAAUGAGGAUGGAAGAUCUUGCCAAGAUGUGAAUGAAUGUAUGACAGAGAACCCCUGUGUACAGAGCUGCCUCAACACAUUUGGAUCUUUCAUCUGCCGCUGUGACCCUGGCUAUGAACUUGAAGAUGAUGGUGUCCACUGCAGUGAUAUGGAUGAAUGCAGCUUCUCUGAGUUCCUGUGCCAACAUGAGUGCGUGAACCAACCUGGCACAUAUUAUUGCUCUUGCCCUCCUGGCUACAUCUUGCUGGAUGAUAAUAGAAGCUGUCAAGAUAUCAAUGAAUGUGAGCACCAGAACCACACCUGCAUUCUACAGCAAACUUGUUAUAAUUUGCAAGGGGGCUUCAAAUGUAUAGAUCCUAUUCGCUGUGAGGAACCUUAUAUCCAGAUCAGUGACAAUCGCUGCAUGUGUCCAGCUGAAAAUCCUGGCUGCAGAGACCAGCCCUUCACUAUCCUGUACCGAGACAUGGAUGUGGUAUCAGGACGAUCUGUUCCUGCUGACAUCUUCCAAAUGCAAGCAACUACUCGGUAUCCUGGUGCCUAUUACAUCUUUCAGAUCAAAUCUGGGAAUGAGGGUAGAGAAUUCUAUAUGAGGCAAACUGGACCCAUCAGUGCCACCCUGGUGAUGACUCGUCCCAUCAAAGGGCCCCGGGACAUCCAGCUAGACUUGGAAAUGAUUACUGUAAACACCGUCAUCAACUUCAGGGGCAGCUCUGUCAUCCGACUGAGGAUAUAUGUGUCACAGCAUCCAUUCUAAGUCCCGAGCUGGAGUUUUUUUUUUUUUUUUUAAACACUCCUACAUGCCAGAAACAGAAGAAAAAAAAAGAGAAAAAGGAACUUUAUCCCUUUCCUGCUGAAUGUUUCUCUCAGGAGUCAGUGCUAACUGUUCUGACUCCACAAUCAGUAUUACCCUAUUGACCUGAUGGUCCAUGACACUCUGAGGGAAGCACUAUCCCCAUCCCCAGAACUUUCUAUGAUGUAAACAUGUGGAAGUGUAUUAUCAUGUGACUCCAUUUGAUGUCAGUGGUGAUUUUUAAAUUUGGUUAUUUCUGUCUUUUCUAUUUGUUUAGGUUUGGCCAGGGUAUGAUUAUAAUGCAAAGGACUGUGAACACCUUUCCUCUGCUCAGCCCUUCCCUUUUCUUCCUUCCCCUUCCUGUCUGGAGCUACAGUGCUGCUUUGCAAUGGCCCCAAAAAAACUGGUGGAGAAUGCUAGGUGUAGCUAGUUUGCUCUUGCAUGUACUGAGAAGGCUAUAAAAAUCAAAUUGUGGCAGGAUGUAAGCAUUUUUAUAGAGUUUGUUUAAAAACAUGUCUGGAAUUGUCAACCAUAAAAGAAGUUUCAGUUGUUCCUAAA